AUGGCUCUUCUAUACAAGAGGGAGCUUACAGAAGCCCUCGGACGCGAGCAGGCCAAGAAGGACUAUGCUCGCGCGUGGAAGGUUGCCAUCAAGGCAGUCAGAGCCAUGCUCAGAUUCAAGCGGGGAAUGCGAGGGUGGUCAGGGGCGCCAGCUAGCGGUGGGGAGCCGGCGAUAGACCACACCUUGCGAGGAUUCCAUUACCUACCCCCGACGCCUCUCCGCCGAACGCAGAAGGAGCUGCCUCCGGACACAGUUGAGCUCGUCCUGCACGGCUUGAAGGGAGAGCUGCUGAUGGGGCCGGACGUUGUGUCACUGGGCGUCAGCAUAUCGCAGAUCAAGAGGCGCUUGUUGGUCUACUCUCGGCAGCAGGUGAUCAAGGGCAGCGUGAGCCGAGCCCUGCAGCUCUACAACUUCAUUGUGCUGGGUGCUGUAGUGCACUUCCUUCACAAUCGCCGGGCAGUUGAUGACCUGGAGACUUUGAGGAAUCUGCGGUUCGAAGAGCAGAACGAAGGCACUGGGAAAUACUCGCCGGAUACGAUGGCGCACCUGGCGCAGGUGAAGAAGAGCCUCAGCAAAGCUGGCACGACCGAAGAGCCUCGAGGGCUGGAACUGAUUGCGGUAGUCUUCGUGCACAUCUACGGUGUCAUCGCCUGGGGCGAUGCUUCGGCAGGUGGCUCCAUCCCUCUCUCCCUGAGCGACCGCCUCUCUGGUGGGAUCACCUUUGUUGUCGGCAACACCCGCGCAUUUGCAGCCGUGUCCCAGUCAGGUGCCGUCACUACCUGGGGUGAUCCAGCCUGUGGUGGGAACUCUGGCAGAGUGACAGAUCAGCUCAAAUCUCGGGCCUUCCAAAUUUGCCACAACGAGUGGGCCUUCGCCGCUUUCAGGGAGGGUGGCCAGAUCGUGUGUUGGGGCGAUCCCGAUGCCGGUGGUCAGCCAUCAGGGCUUGGAACAUCCUUAGGAUCCGGUGUUGUGAAGGUUUGCAGCACUGAGUUCGCCUUCGCUGCGUUGAAAGAAAGCGGGCAAGUCGUCACCUGGGGCGAUCCGAGCGUGGGCGGCGAUUCCAGCGGUGUUGCAGAGCAGCUGCAGACCGGCAUUGUCAACAUCUGGGCGAAUGCUGGCGCGUUUGUGGCAGCAAAGUCUGACGGGUCCCUGGUUAUUUGGGGCGACCCAAGCGCUGGAGGGGACAUGAGCGCGCUCAACCAGGAUGAGGCUCGCGAUAUCGAGACCUUGUACUGCAACAUCCGAGCCUUCGCAGCGAUUGCUCAAGGAGGUCGCGUGGUUGCCUGGGGCGCUCCUGGAUGCGGUGGGGACACGUCAGCAGUCGCGUCGCAACUCACAGCGGGUGUUCGAGACAUUCGGACCAAUGGCCGUGCUUUUGCUGCCAUCAAGGACUGA